AUGUCCCGCGAACCCAAAGUUCAACUCCCGCACAUGUACUUGAUCACUUACAAUUUAGUAUCAACAGUCCUUUGGGCUGUCAUCUUCGUGACGAACCUUAAGGAUAUAGUUGCUGUGUUAUUUCCAGGAACAUUUGAUUCAUAUUAUCUUUCCCAUGAGUUCACAGACUUCCCUCAUAAACUUCUUGUGAUAACUCAAGUGAUGAACACCAUUUGUGAGAUCCUUCAUUCCUUGACAGGAUUGACCAAAUCUCCAGUCUCCGUGGUUCUCCUUCAAUUCUUUGCCCGAGAUGUUAUUUGCAUUGGAGUUUGUUACUUAGUUCCAUUAUCAUCAGGAAAUUAUUCCCCAGCAUUCAUGGGCUUAUUGGUGGCUUGGUCUGUGGUAGAAUUGAUUAGAUAUCCUUAUUAUUUAUUGAAGAUUGGGGGAUUUCAAGUUCCAGGUUGGUUGAAUUGGUUAAGAUAUUCAGCUUUCUUAGUUCUUUAUCCUUUAGGUUUGGUCACAGAACCAGUGGUAGUCUAUAAAAGUUUGGCUUACAUAGACAAUUGGUUCCAUUACUAUUUCUUUACCUUAGGUCUUGGGAUGUACAUCCCAGGGAUGUAUAUAUUGUACAGUUACAUGUUAAAACAAAGAAGAAAAAUGUUAUCCCAUAAGACUAAGUAA